CGGACGGGCGGCCGCUUCCUGCAGGAUUUAGGGGCGGCCGCGGCAUGGCGGGGCCGUUCCUGCUGGAGAUCCGGCGGGGGACGCAGAGCGCCUUGCUGCUCGUCCGCGAGGCCAGCCUAUGGAGCCUGCCGGCGGACAUCAGCCUGGCGCCGGCCCGGCUGGAGCUGCGGAGCGCCGGGGCCUGCGGGGCGCUGGAGCUGCCGCCAGGGGUCAGCCUGGCCCCGGGCUCCUGCCGCGGCCUGCGGCGCCUUCCCGGCGAGGGCCUGCACCUCCGGCUGCGGCUGCGGGCGGCGCCGGGCGGCGCGGAACUUGUUUAUAAUUUGAGGGAAAGCCUGAAACCCCAGAAGAAUUGCAUCUUUUACUGCCAGUCCUGUGGUGAUGUCAUAGUAAAAGAACGGAAAUUUCUCAGAGUUCUCCCUCUACCAAGUGAAAACUGGAGUGCUUUAGUUGAAGAGUGGUGUUGCCACCCUAACCCCUUUGCCAAAAGCACUUUGCACCCUCAGCGUGAUGACUGUUUUCUUGGAGACACUUUUUUUCUGUUGAAUUCAGGAAAUGAAUCGCAUGUGCCUGAACCUCCCAUAUGCUUCUCAGAGACUGGCCAUCAUGCUUCUCAGAAUGGCUCUACCUUGAAAUCAAAGGAAAAUACCAGAGUAUUUUGUAAGCGCUGCAAGACAAUGCUGGGAGAAACAAUAUCAUCAGAUACUAUUAAAUACUAUGUCACUGAGGUGAUUGUACAACCAUCUGAGGGAAGUUUCAAAACAAUACCAAGGUCUCAAUUUGUACAGAGCAUGGUUGCUCAGUGUCUUAUGGAAUUUUCCUCUGCUAAAAGCACAUUUAGAUUCACCAUAAAAGGGGAUGAUGGAAAGAUCUAUAUUCUGAUAUGGCUUUUAAAUUCUGACACAUUGCUGGUGGAGUCUUUAGGAAGUUCCUCUUCCCACAAUGUUUUUACGCUGUUUGGAGAUAUUUUCAUGCCUAACUCUGGACCAGUGGGGACCUGGAAUGCUGUCAAAGUUCUUUACCAGCCAUGCAUUAAGAGCAGGAAUAAAGACCUUGCUGAUGCAUGGGAAAAUGAUUUUGGAGUUCAUCCCUUAAAAUUUCCAUCAGAAACUUGUCUGGAAUUAUUGCUGAUACUGGGAUUGAGUACUACCUCUCUGCCCCCUUCACUUCAGUGCAUGAACUCUUUUCAGAUUCUUCACUGUGGUUUACAUCACUGGAGCAGCCUGGAAGAAAGGAGCAGCAGUAGACUACGGUACACAGCUCUCAGUUUAAAGGGGUGGCCUUUUUGAAAAUGUGAAGAACUCAGAUAACUAUGUUGAAAACUGUUCUCAAAUCCACAUCCAGCACAAAUGUGCAGAUAACGUCCAAUGGUGUGACUUCUAGAAAAAAAAAUCCACCAGAAAUAUAAACCUAAAUGGCAAGUGGGGUAUUGCUCUUCAUAUCUGGAUGCAUUUCAAAACUGAAAACAGAGAGAGUUAACUUUUACAUCCAGUACGUUCUUAGAUGGCAUUCUAAGAGUGACUUACGUGUUACAUCCAGCUGGGAUCACUGUUACGAUCUAUUCAUAGCCAUAAGGGAAUUGUCUAAGUACUUAAUACUAACUUUAUUGGACAGUGUAGUGACCCGUAUGUCCUAAGAAAACUGGUAUCAAAGAGAGAUCCUAAAAUAUUUAAUGUUUUGGAUGCCAAAGUAAGCUCUUUCUUUGUUCUGGUAGAGUUAGAGGUCCAUAAAUACAAAAUAUAAAAUCAGAUCUUUUUUGUCAAACUUGUAUGUGUAUCACGUGUAUUGUUUCCACAUUAAUGUUUACCUUUCUUCUUGAGAGAGAAGUUUUCAUAUUGCUACACCUCAUAAGAAUUUUGUGAAAUUGAUAAUAUUUUGGAGCAUCAAGGUUUUAUGUUUCUUUGGAAUAAUUACCCCUUCAACUUCAAACAAGAUUAUAUACCUGAGGGCUGGCUUUGCAGAAACUGCCGGAAAUGAAAGAUACUUGUAGCAAGUCAGUACAGCUUCCCUAAAUUGUCUUUCUCUGCUGUGAAUACUUACCUGCCUUUCACAGGAGUGACAGUGCAUUUGCACAGAACACAGAAUCUGUUACCGUUUGGGGUUUUAGAAUGGAUUGUUCACUUGUUAGUUGACAGCAAUAAUUUUCCCCAUCCCUUGUCCAGCGGUACUAGUGCAUGGGCUAAGGAGAGGAAAAGAUGCCUCCUGGCAUUUUUGCCUGAAUUUCUGCUUUUUGGGAUGGACUGUUUUUAAGCUAGGCGGAGGUGCUCCUUUAGUGUCAACCAGUUUUCUUGUUUGGCAAAUCAGAGUCAAGUACUGGAAUAGUGCAUCUGACCUAGUGCAACAAAUCCUGUGUUUUCAACAUGUAUAGAAAAAGGUAUCCAAAAAGAAAAAAAGAGAACCUGUUUACAUGGGCUGGCUUUUUCAAAGCCCAUCUUUAAACCCUCAAAAUAAAAAGAUGCUACCUUUUUGGAAAACAGUCGUAUUUCAGGAGAACCAGUUCUGGAGGGAGUAUUCUUAAAGGAGUUCUUUGAAAAUUCCAGAAUUUUGAAGAAAAUGAACACACCCUUUACCCACUUCAUGAUGAAAUAAUCAUAACGUAGGAAGUGAUCCUUCAAAGUAUUGGACACCUUCUCUGAGCUUUACAUAUCCAAGGACAAAUAGCUGAGGCCUCUCAGCACCUAGUCUGGAUAUCAUCUUGUUUUUCAGUUAUUAUUUUAGUUUUCAAUGUUCAAGUAAGAACAAAAAUAUUUUGUAUUCAGGAACUCAAUUAUCCAGCUCCAAGAUAUUUUGUCUAUGCACCAAUGUUUAGUCAUUUUAUAAAUAAAAUAUAU